UUACUUUUCCCACUUCCUUCGAGUCUCUCUCUCUUCCAUGUCUCUGCAUCUCUCUCCUUCUCUGUCUGGUUAUGAAGCUAGGCUAGCCGCCUUAGGGGACUACUCUGCUCCGCUCACCCCUCAUCCACUUGGUUGAGUCGACGUUUCGAUUCGUUUUUCGUUGGAAAAGAAUCACUGAAUCUGCCGGAAUUUUGUAGAACCGGAUGGCAGUUCCUGGUGUUUUCUCGGAGAUUUUCCUUGGAAACAGUCAUAAUCUUUCUGUAUCUAAACUAUCACCGGAGUGAAUUGAUUUGUAUUUAUUUUUCUUUAAGCUGAAUCCAGCUCAUGAAGUUCAAGUGCAGCUAAUACAGAUAUAUAUCAUGGUAGCUUCUUUGAUAGAAUAAUUGUCGGUACUUGAGUUUUUGAAUCCAAACCCUAGCCGUUUUGUUUUAGCUCAACUGCAGAGAGAAGCAGCGGUUUUUUUAGCUUCCAUUCACACUUAAAAGAGAACAAAAGAAAAAUUCAAAAAAGAAGAGAAAAUUUUUUUAGGGGAAGAAACGAAGGGAGAACUCGAAAUUUCCUCGGCAAUGGCUGUGUCUACGGCUUCCAGAGAAGUGAGCAUAUCUUCUUCCGAUAACCAGCAGAUUCAGGCAACCCCACUAACAGUCGUUCCACAGAAGAAGAAACGAAACCUCCCUGGAAUGCCAGAUCCAGAUGCCGAAGUAAUCGCUUUAUCGCCCAAAACACUGUUGGCUACCAACAGAUUCGUGUGCGAGAUCUGCAACAAAGGUUUUCAACGUGACCAGAACCUGCAGCUUCACCGAAGGGGCCAUAACCUGCCGUGGAAGCUGAAGCAGCGAACUAGCAAGGAAGUGCGCAAGCGAGUUUACGUGUGCCCGGAGCCCACGUGCGUGCACCACAAUCCCUCGAGAGCUCUGGGCGACCUCACCGGCAUCAAGAAGCACUUCUGCAGAAAGCACGGGGAGAAGAAAUGGAAGUGCGAGAGGUGCUCGAAAAAGUACGCUGUACAGUCCGAUUGGAAAGCACACAUGAAGACCUGCGGCACUAAAGAAUACAGAUGCGAUUGUGGAACCAUUUUCUCCAGGAGGGAUAGUUUUACAACGCAUAGGGCGUUUUGCGAUGCCUUAGCAGAAGAGAACGCGAGGAGUCAGCAAACCCUAGCGGUUACGGGCGGAGAGGGGAAUAGUGACCAAAAUGCGAAGAGUGGUGUUGUGGUUGCAUCACCCCCACCACCUCCCCUCACUCCGUCUACUACAAUAGUAUCUCCGGGUUUGUCGAUGCAAAGCUCAGAAAUGUCAGAAAAUUCAAUGAGGGUGUCACCUCCAACGCAAGGCGCCAUAACAUGCUUAUCCUCCACGGGCACAGCCACGGUCACCACUCCAAGAUCAUCGUGUUUAAACACUAGUACUGUCUUUGCCAGUAUAUUUGCAUCAUCUCUUCCUGCGGCAGCCGCUCUCGUAGAACCUACAUCUCUUUCUCUGUCUUCAUCUCUCUACCUCUCCAGCAAUGGCGCCUCCUCUUCCCUCUUCCCACCGGGCGGUCAAGACCGCUGCCGCUACGCUCCUUCGCCGCAACCUGCAAUGUCCGCAACUGCAUUGCUCCAAAAGGCUGCUCAAAUGGGUGCAGCCGCAUCUAGUCCCUCAUUACUUCGUGGCUUAGGCUUGGCCGUGCCUUCUUCUUCUGGUCAAGAUAGCCAUGUGACAGCUGAGGGGAACCCUGUUACUGCAGGUCUCGGGCUUGGGCUGCCCUCCGAAGGAACAUCUAGCUUGACUGAUGGUAUUAUGGGACCGUCCUCUCUCUUCGGCAAUAGGCCGACCACUCUCGACCUUCUUGGUCUGGGUAUCGGUGCCGGAGGAGCUUCAACCAGUGGACUUUCUGCUCUUUUACCUUCAUUUGGAGGUGGGUUCGGUGUUGGAGCAGCACCGAGUACUUCUGCACCAUCGUAUGGGAGAGGAGGAAACUCGCCCGGACAGAUAUGGGAGAGCACACCUGAGAGGAAGCCUAAUCCAUCAGCCUUACUGUAGGAGCUUUCGCCUACAGCAAAAGCAGGAACUCUCCUUGUUUUCGUUUCAAGUCCUCUUUUUAUUGAAUACAAAUAGUUGGAUGUCAGAGAAUCAUAGAGCCAAGAACUACCUUUUUUUUUUUUUUUUUUUUUGGGUUUAGUCGUCUCUUCUUUUUUUUCCUUGGAUGGUUAAUAUGGGAAAGCUGUGAUGAAGGUUGAGGAAGAAGGGUGUACAGGAACUUUUCUAGUCAUAGCUUAGUUGACAUAUAUAUAUAUAUAUAUAUUCAUGGCAGAAAAACAUUAUAUUUACUCCCUAUACUCUAUAGUCGCAGUGGUUCCAUUUGUUUUCAUAACAUUGGUCUACUGUAAUGGUGGGCUCGGGCUUGUAUGGAUACUGGCCUAACUAGACUCCAUAACCUAUGCCUAAGCAAAACACAUAUGGAGCAUCCCCAGUACCCACACAGCGCUGAAAUUGUAGUGGAAUUUAACUGUAAUUGAAAAACAAAGGAUAUUCAUAAAGUGGGACUCAUUAGUCAA